AUGGAGACAUCCCCAGACGCGCUGAUAGAUGGUUUAGCCAACGAGUCGACGCUCAUCCGCGCUGUGAAAGACAUUGCCUACGGUAGCGCUGCAGGCAUGGUGUCGAAAGUCUUCGAACACCCGUUUGACCUGACGAAAGUCCGGCUCCAAUCUCAGGUCCUCGACUCGACGGCGAGGUUUAGCGGUCCUAUUGACUGCCUCACGCAGACAUGGAAGAAGGAGGGGGUUAGGGGUCUGUAUAGGGGCCUGCCAGCACCCGUCGUAGGUGCCAUGGCUGAGAACGCUUCCCUCUUCGUCGCCUAUGGCGAAUUCCAAAACGUCAUCCGCCGCGUCACGAAUCGUACUUCUGACGAGAAGCUCCCACUUUACCACCUAGCACUUGCAGCAGCAGGUGCCGGAGCUGUAACCAGCUUUAUCCUCACACCGAUUGAACUGGUGAAAUGUAAAAUGCAAGUGCAGAUGCUCGUCCCGGCGACUGCCUCCCCUGCGACACCCCGCAGCCUACCAGGCCCAUUCUCCAUCCUCUUCUCCGUCAUUCGCACAACCGGUUUACGAGGGCUAUGGCUGGGACAAACAGGAACUCUCAUCCGAGAGACAGGCGGAACAGCAGCAUGGUUCGGCACGAAGGAGUACAUCGCAGGUGUCCUCCUGGCUAGACGGCGGCGUCUGGAAGAGUCAUCGGGCGCAUCAGGUCAAACGUCGAUGACACUCCGCCCAUGGGAGUCGGCGCUCUCGGGCGCCUGUGCGGGAGCGGCGUUCAACUUUGCGCUGUUCCCGGCUGAUACGGUGAAGAGUGCGAUGCAGACUGCGGAGGAGCUGAGGCCUGCAGGUGCUUCGGCGCCCAAACCCACUUUCGGUGGGACGUUUAUGGCGAUGUAUCGUGCACAGGGGAUCAAGGGGCUCUAUGCUGGGUGUGGGAUCACGGUUGCGAGGAGUAUACCUAGCAGCGCUAUUAUUUUCUUGAUUUAUGAUGGGCUGAGGAAGCAUUUUGGAUGA